GAUGACAAAUUAAUUGUGGAGAGCAGAUCUACGACUUCAUCCAAGCGCAGAGGAAGUAAGCCAACUAAUUGGAUUACACCAUCGAGCUCGAUUAGUGGAACAGGUAAAAUGGGAUUUUUGUUCCCCUCUUCGUUAGAUUAAGUUAACGAGCUUCAACGGCUAAUUUGCUGCGGCCAGAAACGAAUGGCGAAUCCACUUAAUUAACAAAGAGGAAAUGUUCAAGUGGUUGGAAAAGGUGGAAAAAGUGCAGUUGAUGUUUUAAAAGUGAGAAAAGUUCAAAAACCUUCUUUACCUACAAGUGAAGAUUAUGUGGUCGAAAGACGAAGUCGAUGAAAGUCAUCAUCAGUGAGGAGGCAAGUUUUCAUCUCUGAACGAUUCCGGGCGAUCAAUCUCGACGAUGGGCAGCACGAUGGCGGGAAUCGAACGGAAUUGGCGAAUGAUGGACGCCGUGAUUGGAUUCUGGCUGCUGCUGGUGGUCUGCGUAUUUCGCGCCCACACCCUGCACGCGCUGAUCCUACCGGAAGUGGAUCAUCCACCCCACAACCCCUUAACCAGCAACGGUCAUCACCAAGACCUGUCAUCAAAUGCACCUCAGGAUCAUCCAGCAGUCUCCAGCGGCGAAGAACCCCUGGUGGACCUGGCGAGCCAAAAAGCGGCCUCGGUGGCUCACAGUAGUUUUCGCUGCCAGGACGGAUACUUCCGGUGCAACAGUACGGUGCAGUGCAUCGCCCAGCGGUUAAACUGCGACGGAAUCGUGCACUGUGACGACGGGUCGGAUGAGCAGAAUUGUGAAAACGCCGUUGCCAACUCCUUCUGGGACCACUUUUUCCGAAAACGUCCAGCGGCCAUCAACGAUCAUCUACCUUUUGGCCCGUGUGCAUGGAACGAUACCAAUAACUCGUGCCAGUGCCGGGCCACGGACGUCCUGUGUGACUACAAAGGGCUGACCAAGCUGCCAGCGUCGUGGCCGAUGCAGAAUGUGACGUUUUUGGACCUCACCGGCAAUAGGUUCCCGGUGCUGCAGAUGGAUGUCUUUGUGAAGCUUCCUGCACUGGAGACACUCGUCCUGAAGCACUGCCUGAUUGAGAAGAUUGAGGCUCCAACCGAAGACAUGACCGAAAUCAUUGCCAUUCAUCUCGACCAGAACCGAUUAAAAUCGCUGCCGGAUAUCUUCUUCCCGCUGGAGAACAGACUGAACACACUCAUCCUGAGCGGAAAUCAAAUAACCAAACUCGGUGCUCGCAACUUUGAGAACCUGGAAUACCUGGAGGAGCUCGAUCUAAAGGACAACCAGAUUGAAACGAUACACGAGGAGGUGUUUCAACCGCUGAAGAGCUUGGAAAUUUUAUAUCUGAACAAAAAUCGACUCACCACACUGGUUCUCGGAAUGAUUCCGCGAAUUCCCACGCUGCGGACGCUGUCGCUGGCCCAGAACCACAUCCGGACGAUAUCGCUCGACGCGCUGGAUUUGCCCGAGCUCGAGCAUCUGUAUCUGUCCGAGAAUAAGCUGCGACUUAUCUACAACAGUACCUUUAGUAAAUUACCGAAUUUAUUAGGACUAUUUUUAAAUGACAACGAAAUAAGCUACUUCCAACUCGGUUCGUUUGCCGGAAUCAAUAAUAUAACUACCAUGAAUCUGAAGGGAAACAAAUUUGCCAGGAUUGACCGACGUGUGCUGGAAAAUCUCACCAGCUUGAAUCACAUACACUUUUCCGAGUUCCACCACUGCAAGGCGGCCCUCCACGUGCGCGUCUGCGAGCCACGUGGUGACGGCAUCAGCAGCAAGAGCCACCUGCUGGACAAUCCGGUGCUGAGGACCAGCGUGUGGAUAAUGGCCGCCGUCGGCGUCGUUGGCAAUCUGCUGGUCCUGUUCGGCCGGUACCUGGUCGGAACGCGAAGCAGCCAGGCCCACGCGGAACACUCGCUGUACCUGCGCCAUCUGGCCGCGAGCGACCUGAUGAUGGGCAUCUACCUGACGAUCAUCGCCACGGCCGACAUCAUGUUCCGGGGGGAGUACCUGCACUGGGACGAGGAGUGGCGCUCGAGUGCGGUUUGCGCCUUCUGCGGCUUCCUGAGCACGCUGAGCUGUCAGUCGUCGACGUUGCUGCUGACGCUGGUCACGUGGGAUCGGUUGAUCUCGGUGACGCGACCGCUGUACCAGCGAUCCAACAGCAAGACCCGGGUCAUCAUGCGGCUGGCGCUGCUGUGGGGAGUGGCCGCGGCCGCUGCAGCUGCUCCGCUGUCGGCAACGGACUAUUUUGGGUCGCACUUUUACGGCUCGAAUGGCGUCUGCCUGUCGAUUCACAUCCACGAUCCGUACGCCAUGGGCUGGCAGUACUCGGCGGGGCUGUUUAUCCUGGUGAAUACGUUUUCGCUGGUGUUCAUUGGGACGUCCUAUCUGCGAAUGUUGCAGGCCAUCAGGGUGUCGCGGAACGAAGUUCGGAACACGCUCAACUGCCGUGAGAAGAUCGUCGCAAGGAGAUUCGCAAUCAUCGUUGCGACCGAUUGCCUCUGCUGGAUGCCGGUGAUUGUCGUCAAAUUGGUGGCCUUGGGAGGUGUCCGAAUCUCACCCUCGCUGUACGCGUGGCUAGCCGUUAUGGUCCUUCCGGUCAACUCGGCCCUCAAUCCCGUGCUGUACACGCUGACGACGGCACAGUUCAAGCAACAGCUGACGCGGUUCUUCUACUCGCUACCGUGUGGCGCCACCUUGGAUAUGAAUGGAUAUGACUCGGCGAUUGACUCGAGAAACAGUCUCGCCCAAUUUACGUCCAGCAACGGAGGCAGCCGGCGGAUUCCCCAGAGAAGGGACCGCUUCUCGACCAACACCAAGGUGUACGAGUUCAAAUAGCGAACGUCGGCGGAGGUUGGCCGGCGGCACACGGUGUCGUCCCAUUCGCGGCACCGGCGCCCCAUCGGCGGCUUUGGCGUGGCCGCCAAUCCGGACGA